GACUAGCAGCAUGUUUGACCGAUGAUGAGCGCAGAGAAAAUUUCGCUCCCUUCAUCCAUUGCACCCCUCAGCUAAAUCGCAUACAUUUCGCGACUUUAGGGUUAAUCCGCGCUUCUUCAGACGGCUCUAGUGCGAAAAGUGUUCAAGAGGUGCGCAUUUUUGCGUCAAUUACUUCGCCCGCGGAAGGUCAACACACAGCCACAGGGUGAUUGUAAAGAUUGUUAUUUGAUAGCACUACCAAAGCACGACAAUAUCAACAUGUCCCAGUCGAAGUUGAAGCAGGUGUUCAGCUACCAAUCGUGGGUACAUGCGGUAUCCGGAUCAGCGGGUAGCGUGAUUGCGAUGUCGGCCUUCUAUCCACUGGACACCGUACGCAGUCGUUUACAAUUGGAAGAACCGGAACGACGCAAGGCUCUUAGUACAUGGCGAAUUCUUCGUAAUUUGAUCGAUGAGGAAGGUUUCGAAACGCUCUACCGUGGGCUGGUUCCGGUGCUGGAGAGCCUAUGCAUCUCCAACUUUGUCUACUUCUACACCUUCCAUAGUCUGAAGGCGCUUCGUGGCGGAGGCCAAUCCGCGCUUGGUGAUCUGUUGCUCGGUUCACUGGCCGGUGUGGUCAACGUGCUGACGACAACUCCCUGUUGGGUUGUUAACACCCGACUAAAGAUGAAAGGACUCGGUCAGCAAGCCAAACGCAAUGGUUCUGGUGGCACCGAUGUACAGUACGACGGAUUGCUCGAUGGUCUGCAGUACAUCGCCCGGACGGAGGGUGUCCGCGGGCUGUGGGCUGGUGCUGUACCUUCUCUUAUGCUCGUCAUUAAUCCCGCCAUCCAGUUUAUGGUGUACGAAGCACUUAAACGUCGACUUACAGCAGGCGGAACAUCGAGGACGCCGUCCGCAAUCACGUUCUUCAGUAUAGGUGCGAUCGCGAAAAUGAUUGCCACAGUACUGACGUACCCUUUGCAACUUGUGCAGACAAAGUUACGACAUGGCAACACCGACCGAAAUUUAAAUGUACCCCCCGAUGUAGACACGGUACAGAUGCUACUAAUCAUCCUAAAACGACAGGGUGUAGCUGGGCUGUUCCGAGGGCUGGAAGCAAAACUGCUGCAAACGGUUCUGACAGCAGCACUAAUGUUUAUGGCAUACGAAAAGAUUGCACGAUUUGUCACGUCCUUGCUGCUAUCGAAAGGCGGGGUCACUGCGGUUCGACAUUGAUAACCAUCGAGAAGUGCCGUCGUCCGGUGGUUACCAAUAUUUUCCAAAGGCUUUAUUCAACUCUGUCUCUCUUUCUCGGUAUGUCCCUCUUUUCGUGUGACUAUUUGCUUGCUUUAGGAUAGAAGGAUUAGGGUUCACUAGCGUUCCAUUAACCCACCCUGUCUAGUCUGUGACGAACAAAGUGUUUUAUCAUUCAUUUUCCAUUUCGAGCAUACUCUGUCCAUUGAUCCUGUGAUGAUCGUCCUUUAUCGACAUUCCUCUUCAUGACUAUUAUUUAAAUAUCGUUUUGUUUUGUGGUUGCAUUUAAUGAUACAGCGGGUCAUUUGCGUGGACUUUUUCACAUUAAUUGCGUUUCGGGUAAGCUUUAAUUGGGUUCCAAAUACGAAGGGUUGAUAAGGAUAUGCUAAUUUACGGUAGUCUUCUGUUUUGACUACACUUAAGUUAUCGCCUGUGCGGCAAAAUAAGUAGAUUAUUGCCAAAAAUAGGACGUGGAAUAAAGGUUGAAGGAAUGGAAAAUAAAAGUUAAUU